CAGCCAUCAAUUAUAAUGGAGCAUAAAAGAAGAAAUUUGAGCAAUAACAUGAAUGAUGGAGUUGGUGCCAUGGAUCGAAUCUCAGAAUUGCCCAAAGUCAUCAUCCAUCAUAUUUUGUCUUUCCUUUCCACAAAAGCUGUUGCAAAAACCAGUCUACUUUCCAAGAGAUGGAAAAGUUAUACGAUUUCAUAUCCUGUUCUAGAUUUUAACGAGAACUACUUUCAACGCUUAGAAAAAAAUGAGAUACACCAACCAUAUCACACUUGGGGGACAGAUUAUAUGCCAUUUAGGCCAAAAUAUCCAGAAUUUUCCACCAGAGAAGAUGUCAUGCAUUUUGUGAAUAAAUCCUUACUAAAAUUUUGUGAGCAAAAGAUUUGCAUGGACACUUUCAAGCUUCAGGUGAGCUUUACUAAUAUGGAAGAGGCUCUUGUGGACAAAUGGAUAGAAUUGGCGGUAGAGAAUUGUGUCAAAGUGCUUGAAGUCAGUGUCAGAAUGAAAAACGAAGAGAGGUAUAUUUUGCCACAAAUAGACUUUUCUGCCAACACAAUAACAGUAUUGAAAUUAUCAGGUUGUAAUUUGGAGCAUCCCGUUAAUUUGAAGAAUACUAUAAAUUUCUACUCUUUGAAAGAACUGUCUUUGCGACGUGUUUAUGUAGUCGAAGAGAUGCUUCAUAAUCUGAUUUCUCGCUGCCCUUCAAUUGAGAAUCUAACUCUUAUUUAUUGUUUGGGGUUGAAAAAAUUUCAAGCCCUUAAACCCCUGAAAUAUUUUUGCAUUUUCCCGACAUACCGACUUUUUGAGUCGGUUUACGUUGAAGGAUCAAGCCUAAGAUAUCUUCGUUAUGAGCAUCCUAAUGGGCGGUUGGGUGAGAUCAAGGUGAAUGCUUGUCAAAAUCUUAGAGUAUUAUACUUAAAAAGUGCAAGCAUCACUGAUCAGUGGCUUUAUGAUCUCAAUACAAAAUUCCCCCAUCUUCACUCUUUGACUCUAUUUUCUUGUGAUCUGUUGGAAAAGGUUCAUAUUUCAAGCCAUUCGCUCAAGAAUUUUACGUUGAUUAAAGGUUGUGAGCUACGGGAGACAGAGAUUGACACCCCUAAUUUACAGAAUUUCAUGGUUGAUUAUGGUUUUAAGAGACCUUUUCCUAAAUUGUCUUUUAAGAGCGCUCCAUGUCAAACAACAGCUAAAUUUCAUUUAGACAGCAGGAUGCAACUCAACACUGAUUGGCUCCUUGAAUUGAGGGAAUUCCUUGAAAAACCAAUCCAGAUCAAGACUUUGUUCCUGCAUCUGUUUGGGAAGGUUAAAUGUAACUUGGAUGAAUUUAUUCCAACUCCACCCUAUGACCUCGAGAUUUUGAAGCUGCAGUGUGAAUUGUCACCACGCUCUCGUUAUUCAGAUUAUGUCGAUGCUUUGCUUUUAACUUGUCAUCCUAAAACUUUAGUCGCCUCAUCUAAUUCUAAAAAGGACUUCGAAAAGUCUCCAACAAAUGGGGAAUCCCGAUAUGCUAAUUCUUCAGCAUUGACUUUAUCUCAUCCUGUGAGGUUGGAAUUUCCAAAGUUUUCUGGUGAAGGUCCUGCAAGUUGGGUUUACAAGGCCAACCAAUAUUUCAAGUAUUAUAAUACACCAGUUGGGGAGAAGUUGAUGCUAGCCUCGUUUCACAUGGAGGGAAAGGCUCUAGUAUGA